UUUUUCCGUUUCGCCAUUUUCCCCCCUCUCCGCCGGUGCUCCUGCUGGUCGCUACGCUGUCGCCCACCCUCUCCGCGUCCUAACCCGUCCAGAGGUGACUGUGGGAUUAGGGGAGACCCCCGAGCGGAAGACGGUCAGCUUCGCAUCGCCCCCGAGAGAAGCGCGAGGAUGAACAACGAGGAGAGCCCCGAGUACUCGCCUUUCUUCGCUGUGAUGGGAGCCUCCGCGGCCAUGGUCUUCAGCGCAUUAGGAGCGGCGUAUGGGACAGCGAAGAGCGGCACAGGCAUCGCCGCCAUGUCGGUGAUGCGGCCGGAGCUCAUCAUGAAGUCCAUCAUCCCCGUGGUCAUGGCUGGCAUCAUCGCCAUCUACGGGCUGGUGGUGGCCGUGCUGAUAGCAAACAACAUCUCCGAGAGAGUCUCCCUUUACAAGAGUUUCCUGCAUCUGGGAGCCGGCCUGAGCGUGGGCCUGAGCGGCCUGGCGGCCGGCUUCGCGAUCGGCAUCGUGGGCGACGCCGGCGUGAGGGGCACCGCCCAGCAGCCCCGGCUCUUCGUGGGCAUGAUCCUGAUCCUGAUCUUCGCCGAGGUGCUGGGCCUUUACGGGCUCAUCGUGGCCCUCAUCCUAUCCACAAAAUAAGUGUUUCCAUCCUCCAAAACGACCAUCUCAUUCAUUCCACAUCGAAGCAGCAAGAACAAAUAGGAGAUUUCCACCUACUUCCAUUACACCCCGCGGGUCUGACAGGAUGGGAUGGCAACAGAAAACAUGUCGACUCUUGACAGCUCCGGCCUCGGUAGAUGUGACCUAUCCAUAUUGUUUGAAGCCAUCCGGUUGUGUCAGGUCCUGUGCAUACAGAACGGGCAUGAAGAUGUACUGUUUGUUGUGGGAUGAUGUGUGGACAGUCUGCCUGAUUUAUUUGUCUGAUCUUAAACUGUACAGUGAUCCAGAGUCCCUCCACCCCAGUAAAUGUAGUAACCAAGUCUGUGCUGUGAGUGUGAAUAUCAACGUUGACCCCUCUACCCAUUCCCCUCCUUUGACUUUUUGUUUUUCGUUGGUGGUUUUUAUCGUCAUUCUCUGUUUUGAGACUGCUGAAAAAUCGUGCGCACUAGUGUUUUUUUUUUUUUUUCCAUGUUUCUUUUUUCUUUUCUUUAUUUUGGGGACCAUUUUUGAAUCACUUUUUUUUUCACUAUUUAUGGAAAGCUAUGAAGAUUUUGAAACUGUCUAAAUGGAAAACUGUUUAUUGAGUACCCUAUAUACAUAAGAAUAUAUAAAUUAUCUGUGUAUAGUUAGUUAAUUGCACUGUGGGUAAUUGUAAUAAGUGCUUGGAAUUCCUCUGGAUGUAGUGUGAUUAUUAAUGGAGGAUGUCCACAUGUUCACAUGGAUUUGACAGUGUGUGUGCGCGUGUGUGAAUGACCUGAGUGCAUAAUGCGUGCAAGUGGAUUUAUGUUUAAUAUGACAUUUCAAACACUAGUAUUGUUGACCCGUAGUGCUGCUGUCUUUAUUUAUUUUGUUUGUUUUUUUCUGUUUAAGGUGAGAGCUCACUGUUCAGCCAUGCCUGUCAGAUUUCCAAAUAAAAACUCAACCUCCUCCAGAA